AUGGCUGUUAUGAUCAGAAAGCCAUAUGCCUACUCAAAGAUGGACAAGGAGGACCUAGAAGAGGUCAUUCAUCGACGAGCGCAGUUCUUGAUCUACAAAGUGUUGCAGCAAGCAGAAACGCGAAGAAGGCCGUUGAAUUUGAGGAUCAGAAUACGAAAGUUGAAGGUGAAGAUUGGGAGGAGAUUAAAGAAGUUGAGGAAGAGCAUGCUGCUAAGUAUAUCUGCAGCCAGAGUCUGCGUUUAUAAGCAAGUUUUUAGUCAACUGAAAACUUGCAAGACUUUGUUUGGCCGCGGGGAGGGAGCCAUUGGCGCCAGUCUUCCAGCUUUGUUCACUUAA